AUGGCACAAAAGCCAUCACAAAUCUUUUUUAAAACCCAUCCCAAGGACAAUAGUUUGAUGGUAAAAGAUGGUUAUCAGUGGAAGAAGUAUGGACAGAAGAAGGUUACCAAAGACAAUCCUUCGCCUAGAGCUUAUUUCGAGUGCUCCCUGGCUCCUAGCUGCUCAAAUUUGAAAAAGGUGCAAAGAAGCAUACAGGAUAAGUCUAUCCUUGUUGCAACUUAUGAAGGAAAGCACAACCAUGGUGUUUUUCAUGAUUUACUCAAGCCAUCAUCUUCUAUACCCGAAACCUCAAUAAUGAUUAAUAAUUUACCUAUAACAAACAUGCCUAACGACAAAGAUACGUUGAACAUUGACCUUGCUCUAUGUAAUUCGGAUCAAACAGAUAUAAGACUUUGUGAUGAUGUUAAGCAACAGAACCACCGUGGCAGCAAAAGCAAAAUUGAAGAAUAUGUAACUCCUCUAGUUAAAGAUCCUGACUUCAUCAUGCCAUUAGCUGAAGCAGUUGCCCACUCCCUCAAGAGCCAGACUUAUAAGCAAGUGGGUCUUAACCUGAAUUUGGGUCUUCCAGAACCUCAUUUGUGA